UUUCCAAUGCGGAAGUGCUUUGCAUUUGUUGCUGCCUGCUUGGCUGGAGAUGGGCUCAGCUGUUUCUUAAAGGCACAGAGGCCUUGGGGGAGUGGAAGGUGGCAGAGAGAGACUGAUUUUCUUUUCAUUCCCAUUCUGAUUAAAUAAACCAGAAAACCUAGGUGGGCAACCUGGCACCCCAUCGGCAGCUCCUCUCCACCAUGGGGCCUCCUGGGGCAGGAUGGCAAGGCAUUUCUGCUGAUUCUGAUGAGGAAGAUGAAGAUGUUCCCCCUGCAGAGGAGCCUGGGGAUCCCCAAGACGCCUGGAACCAGAGGAGGAAUAACCUGGGCUUCUGGUUACUGGGACUUUGCAACAACUUUGCUUAUGUGGUCAUGUUGAGUGCUGCCCAUGAUAUUCUCAGCCAUCAGAAGGUGCCAGCUGGCAAUGGGACUGAACCGAUUCCUCCUAGUGCUAAUGAUUCCCGGUAUGACUGCAAUGCUGUUUCGACAGGGGCUGUGCUGUUAGCUGACAUUCUGCCGACUCUUCUCAUCAAAUUCAGUGCCCCCUUUUGUAUCCACUUGUUCCCCUAUGGGUUGCGUGUUGCAGUCUGUGUUGCCACAGCCUGGAGCAGUUUCCUACUGGUGGCCUUCUCAAGAACCACAGCGCAAAGCAUGACAGGUGUUGUGCUGGCCAGCAUUUCAUCUGGCUUGGGUGAAAUAACAUUCCUGGCAUUGACAUCUUUUUUCAACAGUUCUGUGGUUUCUGCUUGGUCCUCUGGAACUGGUGGGGCUGGCUUGAUAGGCGCCCUUUCCUACCUUGGCUUGACACAAGCUGGGCUGAGCCCUCAACACACUCUCCUGGUCAUGACCAUUAUUCCUGUCAUCAUGCAGGCCAGCUAUUGUUUCCUGUUGGCUCCACCUCCUCAGGCCCCCCGCUGUGGCUGGGGUCCUUGUAUAAAGAAAUCCCCACGGUCUUCUUCUGUGACCCACCAACCACUUCUGGGGGGCAGCAGUACACCCCGAGACACUUUAGAGACGCAGAGCCCUCAGCUCACUUUGCAGGAAAAAGGGCAGGUAGUCAAGGGUCUCUUGAAAUACCUCAUCCCUUUGGCUGUUGUGUAUUUUGCAGAAUACUUCAUCAACCAGGGCUUGUUUGAACUCCUGUAUUUCCGAGAAGCACCUUUUAGUCACCCGCAACAAUAUCGCUGGUACCAGAUGCUCUACCAGGCUGGAGUCUUCAUCUCACGUUCCUCGGCUGCCUGUAUACGGAUUCGACAAAUAUGGCUCCUUGCAGUGCUGCAGUGCCUGAACAUGGUCUUCCUUGUGAUUGCUGUGAGCUACAUGUUUUUGCCAAGCAUCUAUUUGGUUUUCGUUCUGAUCAUCUAUGAAGGAUUGCUGGGAGGAGCUAGUUAUGUGAACACCUUCCAUUGUGUCAGUGCAGAGAGCCAGCCGGAGCAUCGAGAAUUUGCCAUGGGAGUGGCUUGUGUAGCAGACACAUUCGGUAUCUCACUUUCGGGUGCCAUUGCCAUCCCAGUCCAUGACUAUUUCUGUCGUCUCCCCUGAAGGUUUCUUUCCAGUGGGACCAGCAGAUGCCUCAAUGUACAAGAGCUUCAUUCCAGAGUGGUAUAGCAGCCAGUACUGAAGAGGGGGAAAAUAGGACUUUUUGUAUAUCCCUCCUCUGGCUGAAUGGGGAGUGGAAAGGAGGCUGUAUGGGGUACAGCCCUUAGUGUUUAUACUUUGGUCAUGUUGGUUUUCAGGCAUUAUUUUGUUUAAUUCAGAGCUCCUCCAGACUACUCAACAGUGCAGAGGUCAGAGGUUUCCGUUUCAGAAUGCCAUACUUUGUAAAGCCCGUUUCUGCUCUUGCCUCCAGUUGUACUCUCAAUAUAAUGGGGUUUGAGCCCCAGUGUGCUGCUGCUGGUUGUAGCACAUUAAAAAUGUUACAGCUCUACUGCUAGAAGUUAAUACUACUUGAGCACCUAAAGUGAUGAAGGAAGGAAGGAAGGAAGGAAGGAAGGAAGGAAGGAAGGAAGGAAGGAAGGAAGGAAGGAAGGACGGGAGGAAGCAAGCAAGCAAACAAGCCAGACUGGCAGGCUAGCCGAUCAAAAGAAAGAAUGGGGGGGGGGAAGCGAAGAGAAAUAGAUUAUCGGUCUGGUAACCAGAAAUGUAAGGAGGGAACAAAUAUAAGUUGAAAACUUUCAUUCCAAACAUUGUGAAACCACACAAAAGUACAGAACUGAGACAAUGGAGAUGGAUUCUUGGGCCUAAAAAACCCAAACGUUAUGCAGUGAGUCUAAAACAUUGUGGCUAAUACUGAAAAUUCACACACAAAAAAUAAUGGGAAAGAAGUAAUAUUUUAUAGGGGAAAGCUCCAGUAACUACAGCUGUAACUCCUACCAAUUCAUAAUGCUUUAAGCCAGUCUGGAUGAGCACUUAGCAAGAGUCAUCUUUCAAUGUUGUGGAGCACACCGUUUUAUGGGGAAAUUGGGUGGCAACUUCAAGAGUAAUAGGGAUUUGGGAAGAUAUCGUCCAAAAUUAUUUUUUCUGAAGGAUUUGGUGGCUUCAUCACAGCAUGCAGGACCCCAGCUGGAUGGGUGUUCAUGUUACAUGAUUUUUGAAGGAUGUUUUAGUGUUGCACAUACAAGCUACAGAGCACUCCCUUAAUUUUGGGAAAUGGGGAGCAAAAAAUAGUAAUUACUGUUUAUUCACAUAACCGGAUUUUGUAGAAGAGGUAGUACAGUCAAUAUUCAUAGGUGACUUUUUAACAGGAAUCAUGGAAAAGAGCUUGGGUCCAACAGGUAUUCAUUUUAAGGAGAAAAUAUGGUAGUUUUACACUGUGAUCAAUUUCUGUCUCAAACACAAUCAAUAAACCAGCUUUUGAAAAGA